ACUGGUCUAAAGGCCUGCUAAACCUACCUAAGUCUUUUUAUCACUUAGGAUAGAAGCCUUUACUGCAUCCCCCAGAGAAAGUCAUUGUUUUGGCCAAGUCGUUAGCUGCUGUCGCAUUGUUCAUAAAGCUUAAUAACACAAGAAAAGCUGGAUAAUUUCUCCGGGUCUCGCCUGAACUGCUUCGCGACUUCUCGACUCAUCACUGAAGCAAGAAUGCCUUAUCGACUGUUCAAUCAUUCAUCUCCCGAAAUGCCGAAAAACAACUCAUCCCAACCCCUGUCACCUCUCGCCAUAUCAUCCCAAAAGCGGCCUAACUCCAUGCUCGUAAUCAAUGCUUAAUCUCAAAGCAGUAAAGAUCAGGGCCAAUUCUCUGCCCCAGACCCCUAAUACUUCCCCGUUUCCUCCUCUCUCGCGUGGCUUGUCGCAAAAAAUGCCUUCAAUCACUCAUUCCUCUUGAUCCGCCUACGUCAGGCGUCUCGUCACUCCCUCAAAAUGCUGCGGCUCUCGCUGCUCGUCCACUCCCUAGUAUCUCUAUCUCUCGCGCGCAAAUCAGACGGUGGGACGGUUUGGGCGACGCCGCAUGAUAGUUACUCCUCGUCAAUUGGCGUCCCCGGGUGCAAAGUCAACACGAAUCGCGUCGCCUACUGGCCGUAUUCCGUCGACUGUAACAAUAUCUGCAUCGCGCUCACAUACGAAGACCGCACCGUGCAUCUCCUCCGCGUCGAUCAAUCGCAAGGUGCCUACGACGUUAGCUACGAUGCGUGGAAUUACCUCUACACAGGCUACUCGGCCACCGACAAGCCCACGGCCGGCGGUCCCGUCGAGAUGACAUAUUCCAACGUCGACGCAUCCAAAUGCUCCGACUUAAUACAUACAAAAAAGAGCAGACUACCGCUUAGCGCAGCGAACAGCAUGAACUUUUUAACGUCGUGCCUCGAUCGGAACGAGAGUACGUGGGUUGGCGAUAAUUACGUUCUUUACAACAUCCUCGACUCGAUAUGCACUCUUGGACACGACGAGACGUGUGAGUUGGAUUAUCCGGCGGAGAACCAAGCAAAGUGUCCGCAUACGAUGGGCGUGCCGGAUGAGUUGAAGGGGGAAGCAGUUGUUAAUAUUCGGUAUCCGAGUGGUGAGAAGGUGAGCGCUGCUGAUGGGAAGCCAGUGGAUGAGGAUGGUGCGAUGGGGUUGGAGAGGCCGGGUGGAAUGGCUCUGGCGAUUGUUGUUUUGUUUUCGGCGUGUCUUGCUCUUGGGAUGUGAUGCGCUGAUUGAUGCGAUGCUGAUGAUGGUGGAGGAUGAUAAUGUCAAGAUACCCUUCUGUUUUGUUUCAUGCCCGUUCAAUUGAACAAUUA